AUGCCGCCCAGAUCUUGGCCUGCCUUCUUCGGCCGCCUCCUCAAGACAGGCAUCACGAAGGACGUCGUUACCUACAGCAGCUUAUUCAAGUGCCUCUGCGACAUGAAGCGCACAGAGGAGGCUCUGAACGUGCUGCUCCAUAAGAUGCCCGACGACCUGCCUAAUGUCAUCUCCUACUCAGUGAUUCUCAAGAGCUUCUGCGACAGUGGUAGGAGCCAGCUCGCGCUUGACCUGCUCCGGAUGAUGGCCGAAAAAGGAUCUGGCCACUCCCCCAGCGUGGUGUCAUACAGCAUGGUAAUCGAUGGUUUCUUCAAGGAGGGUGAAAUAAGCAAAGCAUGCGAUCUAUUCCAUGAAAUGAUACAACAUGGGGUUGUGCCUACUGUGGUGACAUAUAACUCCAUUAUUGAUGCGCGGUGCAAAGCAAGAGCAAUGGACAAGGCAGAGGUGGUUCUUCGAUCAAUGGUUCAUAAUGGUGUCCAACCAGAUGCUGUGACAUAUAAUUGCUUGAUCCAAGGAUAUUCAACUUUGGGCCAGUUGAAAGAAGUCGCUAGGUUGUUGAAAGUGAUGAGAAGCCAAGGUGUUCUACCAGAUGUUGUUACCUACAACUCACUCAUGACCUGCCUUUGCAAGAAUGGAAGAUUAAAGGAAGCUGUAGUUUUUUUUUAUUCCAUGGCCAUGAACGGCCAAAAACCUGAUGUCAUCUCAUACUCUGUUUUGCUCCAUGGGUACGCUAAAGAAGGAUCCCUCAUUGAUAUGAUUGAUCUCUGUGAGCGGAUGGCAAGAGAUGGAGUUGUACCCAACCUCCAUUGUUUCAACAUACUGAUUAGUGCAUAUGCUAAGUAUGGAAGGAUGGAUGUGGCUAUGCUUUUCUUCGAAGACAUGUUGAAGAAGGGGUUGAACCCUAAUGAAUUCAUUUAUUUAACUGUCAUAUCUGCAUUUUGCAAGAUGGGCAGGAUGGAUGAUGCUCUGGAAAAAUUCAAUGAGAUGAUUGAUAGAGGAGUACCACUUGACAUAAAAAUUUACAUGUGCAUGAUUGAGGGUUAUUUGAAUCAUGGUGAUUCUGUGAAAGCCGAGGAAUUUAUUACCAAAAUGAAGAGCAGGGAUAUUCAUCAUAGGCCGCGGAAGGGUAAUUGUUGA